AUGCCAAAGAGAAAGAACCAGGCUCUUAUAGAUUCUGAUACUACUGGCAGUGCAUCGGAAAGUGGCUCGGAUUUGGAUAAUGUAAAUGUUAUAACCUUACAUAAAAAUCUCGUAUUGUAUAUCUUCUGUUUUAUGCUUAUAGUUAGCUUCUAACGUAUCGAAGAUUUGACACAUUGAAUUUCCUAGUAAUAUUCUUUGUCUUAAGUCAUGUUCCAUGCUUUUAAAAUGUAAUUUGAAAAGAAUGUACAAGCGAAAUUUACAUAACCUGUUAAAUAGUAUGCGUUUAAGUUUAGAGAUGAAUUUAGUUGAUUUUUAAUUUGCUACAGAAAUUUGCUACUUUAAAUUUACUUUAAAUUUAAGUAAGAAAAAAUAUACGUUGGCUUUUAUAGUAAUCGUAAAUAUUUUGGGUAUCAUAUAUUUGAAAAAUUUAUCUCUCAGAAACAAUUGAAUUCUGAUUUUUAAUUUAUAUGUAUUUGAAUCAGGACUUAUUAUCUCUUGCCAAGAAAAAGAAAGGCAAAGGCCAAAAUGGAUCUCCCUCUAAUGAAGAAACCGGCACUAUCAAAAAAGACAAUAAACAUGAUUCAGAUACAUCAGAUUCAGAUGAUGAUUGGGGUGCAAAAACUGGAAAAAAUAAGAAGAAGAAAGUGCCGAGUAAAAGAAAUAAACGUAAGGUGACAAAGUCUAGUAGCGAAGAAAGUGUCACUGAAAAAGAAACUGAAAAAGUCUCUGAACCAGAAGAAGGUGAGGUUUCAGACUCAGAUGCUACUGUUUCUGAUUCUAGCCAAGAAGAAUUUAAUGAUGGCUAUGAUGAUAAAUUAAUGGGAGAUGCUGAAGAUCAAGCAAGACUUGCUCAAAUGACAGAAAAAGAACGUGAACAAGAGAUUUUCAAACGUAUUGAACAACGUGAAAUUAUGAAAACAAGAUUUGAAAUUGAAAAGAAAUUGAGAAUGGCCAAGAAACAAGAAUUAAAAAAACAAAAAGAAUCAAGAAAGAAAGAAAAGAGCACGGAAGAAAAGAAAGUUGAUAGAGCACCAGACCCUAAAGAACGAAGUAAAGAUCGUAAAAAGACAAUAGAAGAAAAACAAGAUAAAAAAUUCCAUGCAAUGUCUCUUCUUAAAGCGAGAAGAGAAGAAAAGAAAGAAAGGGAAGAGAAAGAGAAACAAAGAAUAGAACAACAGCAACAGCAGUCAAAAGAUAUUGAAGAAGAAGAAUUAGAAGAUGACCAUAAAGGAGGGGCAAACAAAACUAAACUUAAAGCAUCUGAUAUUUAUUCUGAUGAUAGUGGUUCAUCAGAUAGUGGUGAAGAGGAAGAAAUUGCUAAACCAUCAUGUCAUCACAGAUCAUCUUCAAGUGACAGUAGAGAUACUGAUUCUGAUGCGGAUAAAAAAUCUAUUACCAGUAAUAAAGCAAAACCGAAAAAGCCAAUAUAUGUUAAUUCUAAGGACGAUCUCAAUAAAAUUAGAUUAUCUCGUCAUAAGAUGGAAAGAUUUGUACAUCUACCUUUCUUUGAUAGAGUAGUACAAGGUUGUUUUGUUAGAAUUGGCAUUGGAAACAAUAAUGGAAAACCAGUAUACAGGGUAGCUGAAAUUAGCGGUGUCUGUGAAACAGGAAAAAUCUAUCAACUUGGUGGGACAAGAACAAAUAAAGGAUUGAAACUAAGACACGGAGCUCAAGAACGUGUCUUCAGAUUAGAGUUUGUGUCGAAUCAAGAGUUUACUGAAUCUGAAUUUUUUAAAUGGAAAGAAACUUGUGCUUUACAAGGAAUAUCAAUGCCAACUUUUGAAGAAGUUGAACAAAAGUUAAAAGACAUCAAAGAGGCUUUAGUAUAUGAAUUUAAAGAAGAAGAUAUAGAAAAAAUAGUACGAGAGAAGGAAAGAUUUAAACAAACUCCAUAUAAUUAUGCAAUGAAAAAAGCACAACUUAUGCGUGAAAGAGAUGCAGCUAAUUGUAGAGGAGAUGACGAAACUGCUAGUCGGCUUAAUCAAGAAUUAAGUGAACUUGAAGAACGUGCUUCCGAACUUGAUAAAAUGCGCACUGCAACGAUAUCUAGCAUAUCAUACAUUAAUGAUCGUAACCGAAAAAAGAAUGUUGAAGAAGCUGAAAAAGCAAUAAUGGAAGAAAUUAAAGCCAAUAAAGGUAAAAAGGUAGAUGAUCCAUUCACUAGACGAAGUACAAAACCAAGAAUGGUUUUCAAACCAGAAGAUGAAGAAGUAUCAUCUACUGAUCCAGUAAGUGAUAAAGCAAGUCCUCAACAAACUGAAGCAGUAGCAGUAUGUAGCGAAAAAGAAAAUGGUCAAGAAACAAAAAAGAAACAAAGUACUGAAGAUUUAUUUAAUGCUCACGAUUUUGAUAUCACAAUAGACUUAGAAGUACCAAUUCCAAAUAAUCCUGUUAGCGUAUUGCCGAAACCUAUUAGUAACAUUAAAGAUACUGGACCUCGACGAUCCUUAAAUUUGGAAGAUUAUAAGAAGAAACGAGGACUGAUCUAA